AUGGAAACUUCUAAAAGGAGAUCUUGUGCUGAAACUCAAGAAUCGAAUUCAAUACGAACAUCUAUCACUUUAACUAGACGAUUAUCAUUUCAAGAAACGGUAUGUAAACGAAUCGAUGAUAAUAUUGUAUCAAUACAAAAUCAGCAAAACAAUUGUGAUACAUCUAGUAUUUCGCCUGUAUUAGACCAACAAGAAAAUACAAAUGAAGCAAUAGCAAGUUCACGUCGACUUGUUCAACGAUUUAUUCUUCCUCAUUAUUCACCAUUUAAAGCCAUGCAUGAUUUAUACUACUUAUCUGCUGCAUUACGUUCAUAUUGUGGUGUUCGCAUGAGUGUGAAUUGUGAUAGACGACGACCUAUAACUACUAUUGUUGAAUUAUCACCUGAUCAAGGAAAUACGUCUUCUGAAGAUUUGCACUUUAGUCAAGAAACACCAACAAUGUCAUUAACACUUUUAGCUCAGGGUACAAAAUUUAUUUGUUUAUUUUGUUUUUGA